AUGUCGACAAAUUUGGAAUUACUCCGCGAAAAUUCGUCGAUGUAUGUUUUGGAGGAUUUAAAGCUGGGAACAGCUAAUGUGAAACCAGUAGUUUUCUUAAAUCUGUCUUUAUACAGUGUGGUGGCCAAAUUCAUACCUUGCUUCCUCAUGCUUGUAUAUGGUGCUUUAUUGUUACGGACCCUCGAUAUGCAGGUGAGAAUCAAACGGCGGAGACUGUCGAAACUUGGCGUCAUUAUUCAGCGCCCUUUACACACAUCUCGUACAACAGUGAUGCUUCUGGCCGUUCUUGUCCUGUUUCUGCUCACAGAACUUCCUCAAGGUAUCCUCAUCGUCCUCAGUCUAAUCCGCGCGGGAUUCUUUGAAGACGUCUAUAUCCCUCUGGGUGACGUCAUGGAUAUUUUGGCUCUAGUCAACAAUGGUGUAAAUUUCGUUCUGUAUUGUUCCAUGAAUCGCGAAUUCCGCAGAACACUGCUUCGGAUGAUGUGUACCAUGUCUGCCGAAAGAAAGUCGUCACUCGGCACCGAAUUAAUAACAGACUCAAUGCGAAAAUGUUCGUUGUUGACAGAUAGAAACGCAUCAAUCCGAAACGAUUUCACGCACGAGGACGUUCAGACGUUCAACCUCAGAUGUAACGAUGGCAACUCGGUAAUGUCCGUAUCUGCUCAACGAACCGUGACUGAGGAAAAACACGCGGGGACAUACCACAACAUUUGA